AUGACUUUCAACAACCCAAUUCCAACUGACAAUGAUUCCAAGAUUGAUAUUAUGCCUAAAUCUAUGAUCUUGAGUGAAGCUAGUAAAAUCAAAUCAAAUGAAAUCCCUAAAGACACAGACAUAUUUUGCUUACAUGGAUCUGAAUCAACUGAUGAUUCACCUCCAUUUCACCUUCCGCCUCCAUCAAAAGAACCAUUCUAUCUGGUCAAUCCGGCUGAAAUUGACUUCGAAUCUAUCUUAAAUGUAGCUGAUUUUAUUGACAAAGUGGAAGGGCGAGCAGCUGGAAAAAUAGCUCAGUCAAGCACCAAAGAAUAUGAACAGCCCGAUUGGUCAAGCAUCAAGCGUAAGGCUCAAAGACAACCUUCCCCUGCCUCAGAUAACCAUGGAAAAGGAGAUCAAGAGGAACUGUCUCAAGUUGAAUCUACUUCAAAGUUUACUAAGAGUGCUAAGGGUUUGAAAUUAUCAACUGUAAAUUGCCCAUUGAAACCUUUACCAGCUUUGAAUGCCAAUGAUGUGCGACACAAGAAUCCAGUUACAAAUGCAUUGCAGCAAGCCAAGACAAAUAUCACAAAGAACUAA